AGGAGGGAGGCGGAGGAGCACGGGGAGGAGGAGCGUGCUGUGCAGCGAAGUAGGCUCCUCAAUUUCCAACUUAGCAUCUUGGCAUACGCGACUAGAUUUUCCCAUGCAGGGCAGGCGAAGCCCCCCUAAAAAGUCUGCUUGACGGCCGAAAGCAAAAUAGCUACGCGGACACCAGAAGAGAGGAUCUGCAAGAACUUUCACCCAAAAAGAAAAAGAGACAACUGCAGAUUUUUUUUCAGGGGGAGGAGCAGGAGAAGGAGGCAGCAGGUCUCCACACACGGCUGUCUCUAUGCGCCCAUGAGAGGCUGAGGAGGGGGGGAAACAAGCAAGGAAAAAAAGCUCAAAAGUGGAGGGGAGACAGUGUUAAACUUGCCGAAGCUAUGGCUUACCCUCAGGGCUACUUGUACCAGCCGUCCGCCUCCCUGGCCCUCUACUCGUGCCCGGCAGCCUACGGCACCAGCGUCAUCUCGGGACCCAGGACGGAUGAGAUCGGCCGCUCGUCGUCAGGCUCUGCGUUUGCACCCUACGCCGGAUCCACCACCGCCUCCUCCGCGGCGGCCGCCGCCGCUGCAGCCGCAGCCGCCUUCAGCGGCGCUUCGCCCGGCUACAACUCGCACCACUUGACGUACGGCGCAGACGCGGCGGCGGCUGCGGCGGCCACUUUUACCUCGUACGUGAGUUCCCCCUACGACCAUUCGACGGGUAUGGCCGGCUCAAUCGGGUACCACCCGUACGCAGCGCCCCUGGGCUCUUACCCGUACGGCGACCCGGCCUACCGCAAAAACGCCACGCGUGACGCCACCGCCACGCUCAAGGCCUGGCUCAACGAGCACCGCAAGAACCCGUACCCGACCAAGGGUGAAAAGAUCAUGCUGGCCAUCAUCACCAAGAUGACACUGACCCAGGUCUCCACCUGGUUCGCCAACGCCCGGAGGAGGCUCAAGAAGGAGAACAAGAUGACGUGGACGCCGCGCAAUCGCAGCGAGGACGAGGAGGAGGACGAGAACAUCGACCUGGAGAAGAACGAUGACGACGACGUGACCCCAAAUAAUAAUAACAACUUCAAACCCAGCGGAGACAAGACUCAAGAAUCCUCGGAUACUGAAGCAGAUGCCAAAGCACUGCACCCAGGGGACGUAGGCUGCGAUCGCUUCAAGGAGGACCCCCUGCACCCCAAGGACGCGGACCCCCUCCUGAGCGACUCCGAGUCUAAAGAACCGGAGGACCCGCAGGAGCGGACUACUGACUUGUUGUUGGAUUCUUCUUCCUCUUCCGCCUGCGGCGGCAAGCCUACCACUUCGUCCCCACGCGCGGCGGGGGCUCCUUCGUCGGACCUAAACCACGCGCCCACCUCCGUCAUACACUCGCCCCCUUCGGCCCCCAAACCCAAACUGUGGUCCCUUGCUGAAAUCGCCACCUCGUCGGAUCGCUGCAAAAGCAGCGGAGACGCGCAGCAACUGCAGCGGAGCGAGCAGCAGCCUUGCCCGGUCGUCAUGGGGCCCGCGUCAGGCUCCCCUUCCCGAUCCUCCCCCGGCGUUCUGUCGCGACCCCUUUAUUACGCGUCGCCCUUCUAUCCGGGCUACACGAACUACCACGGGGCCACUUUCGGACACCUCCACGGCUCCGGCCCCAGCAGCACUCCCUCCUCCACGGCGCACUUCAAUGGAUUAAACCAGACUGUAUUAAGUAGGGCUGAGGCUUUGGUGAGGGAGAGCCACAGAGUGAGAGGCCAAACGCAGGUAGAGCUUUGUAAAGACCCUCCUUACGAACUGAAGAAAGGUAUGUCAAACAUUUAACAGCUCCCAAAAAAAUUGACUUCUUUUUAAUUUAUUUCCCCCCCAAAAAAAACACAGAACAAAAGAAAAAACCCCAGUUACGUCUGAACAUUAUAUUCGCUCCCAUUCAUUGAAGAAAAACGGUUUAGUUUCUCAACGAGUGUAAACGAGAACGGUCUUAAGGCUGCAGCCGAAGUUAUUUGUAUUAAACAUGUAUAUUUAAUGUAGCAUUUUUUUGUAUUUAAAAAAAAAUGGACGACACGCUAUCUUUGAAGUAAAUUAUGGAGAGAGGAAAAACUAUAUAAAUAUAUUUGUGCAGCAGUUA